AUGGCAGACAGCGGUUUAUUAAAAGAAAUCCUGGACUCCUUGAAUGACCCAGACACCGUGCAGUUGUUUGCUACAGUUAAUGGUCUUACUGGUGAUGCCGAGGUCGAGAACAGAUUAAGGGAGCUCCAGUGGGAAAAGCACAUCGAUGACUUAUGGCAGGAGGUUCUUUCCGAGAUGGAAUCCCCAACUAAAAAAAUUAGACCAUCCCAAGAGGAUGGCGAUCAACCCUCUACGAGUGGGCAGUCGGGGGGUGGGGGGAGUUCCGAGGACCCAUUAGAAAAACCCUAUUUCAUUUGGAAGAGAGACACUCGAACAUUUAAGAAAAACUUGGCCCGCGACACCACGUUUAAGGUCAAAUUUAACGAGCAGUGGAAGGGGGAUAAAUUGUUAGAUAUACAUAACAAGUUGCACGAUAUGUUCGACGACCUGUUGUCAGAGGCCCGGGGUCACGAUGCGGAUCUGGGAAGGGUGGUCAUCAGUCAUUCGAGUUUAAACAAUCCGAUCGUCGUGCCGCUACAAUCCUGGGAAAAUCUGAAUGCAGAUGUCGUCCUGUCCGAGAUCACCAAAGUACUUAAUUCGAACGAAAGCUUGUCCGUGGACGAAAAUAUGUUGAUCACCAUAGGGUCCAUCGAUUUGCCCAAAGGGGGAGGUAACCCUAGAAAAUUACCCAUCACGUCUCUCUUUGGUCCUAAAAAUAGCGUAGAAAGAAAGAGAUCGCUUUUUCACGUACAAAAUGAUAACAACGUAUGUAUGGCCAUUUCCAUUGGUCUCUGUUACCUGAAAACGUGUGAAAAAGUAGAUGCUGUUACGUGGACAAAUUUAGUGGGGAAAGAUGCUGGAACAAUGUUCGACCAUAUCAUCAAGCACCGUACUGUUACUCGAUCCUAUUACAACAAUAUCUUGAAAACCUCGAGAAAAAAAAUGCAAACGGAGUUGGCGAUGUGGCUAUGUGAAAGAGCCGGAGUUCCUACUGACAGAUAUUUAGGUUUGAACGACAUCGAACCAUUCGAAACCUUACUUGGUGUCUGUAUCAACGUUGUGUCCUCAAGAGUAGGGAAUAAAUUUGUCAGGGUGACGGAGGACGAGGACAAGCCACGUCUGUAUUUAUAUCACGUGGACACAGAAACUGAAAAACACUGGCACGGGAUUGCCAGCAUACAAGGCUUUUUUAAGGCAUCGUAUUUUUGCCAUACUUGUUUAAAACCGUAUAAUGAUAAAUCCAAACACACGUGUACCACCUCGUGUGAGAUGCGACCAAUGUGUCAAAAAAGAACGCCAGUGUGUAGACUCUGUCAGAACUGUCGUGAUCCGUCCUGUGGUCUACAACAACACAAAGUCAACUUUGCCGUGCUGCAGACCACCUGUCACAUAUGUGAGAAAAGGGAACUGGUGGAGGGCGCCUCCUGUAGUUACUGCGGAACACGGUGUGAGCAAUGCUCCCGAACCCAUAAAGGUGAAUAUGUGAACCCCCCUUGUCCCGACACUUGUGGAAAAAGGGAAGUGGUGUUUUCUGGCGACAACGCCGCCGAGCAGUUCUGUGCUUUCGUCACCAGUGAACAUUGUAAAAAUUCGAUCUUGAUUGCCCACAAUGCCAAAAGUUUCGACUUGUAUCCGGUUUUAGAAGUGCUCAUAGACCGUCACUCUAUUCGACCUAGCAAGAUCAUUUACAACGGUUCUAAAAUCAUGUACAUGCACAUUGCGCACAAAUUAAAUUUGACUUUUGUGGAUUCCCUCAAUUUCCUGCCCAUGAAGCUUGCCAAAAUACCAGAUGCCUUCGGUCUACAGGAACUCUGUAAGGGAUACUUUCCCCAUUUAUUUAAUACUAAAGCCAAUCAAAACUACGUGGGGCCGUAUCCAGAGUUGAAGUACUACGGAUACGAUUUCAUGUCGGCCGGGGAGCGGAAAAAGCUUGCCGAAUGGCAUGCAACGAAACGAGACGAAACCUUUAACUUUCGAGAAGAAAUGUUGCAAUAUUGUCGCUCGGACGUUGAUAUAUUGAGGCGGGGGUGUCUAGAAUUUAGAAACUUGGUGAUCAAGGUGACAACUCUAACAGAGGAAACGGUUCAAGCAAACGGAAUCAUCAAGAAAACGAGCUCGGGUGGAGUCGACCCCUUUGAUUUUGUCACCAUUGCAAGUGUCUGCAUGGGGAUAUUCAAGUCGCUCUUUUUGAAGGGAAAAAGUAAAAUAGAAAUCACCAAAGAUGGUGAAUCGGAUUUGUACGACAUUCGUCAUCAUAAGAGUUUAGAGGGGGUCCAUCUCGGUGAUUGUUGGACGUCUCUCGUCGAUUUAAGAAAGGACGACAAUGUACAGAUAGGAAAACGACAUUUCAAAAGUCCCGUGGCAGUAGUACCAUCUCAAGGAUACACGAAGCGCGACAAUUACAGCAAAAUUUCCAUCCAGUGGCUGGAGUGGUUGAUGGAAAAAAGUCGUCAGCGGGGUAACCCCAUUGUCAUUUCCCACGCUCUCAACGGUGGUGAAUUCCAAGUGCCAGGGACCAAUUACAGAUGUGACGGGUUUGUCAAGAUUCCUGGCGGAAACGGAACCAUUUAUGAAUUCUAUGGUUGUGUAUUCCACGGUUGUCCCAACUGUUUCCCAGACGAUAGGAAUACCAUCAAACACCCGUCUACCAAUCAGACCAUCAAAGAAUUGUACGACAUGACCAAACACAGAGAAAAGGAAUUGAAAAAUCUGGGAUACAAAUUGGUCAUUGUGUGGGAGCAUCAAUUUAAAUUUCAAUUGGAGAAGAAUGUAGCUUUGCAACAAUUCGUGUCCACCCUAGAUCUCCAAGACAGACUCGACCCACGUGACAGUUUUUUCGGUGGUCGCACCAAUGCCAUCAAACUGCAUUAUAAAGCUGCAGAAGACGAAACAAUCCAAUAUUUCGAUUUUACCAGUCUCUAUCCCUGGACCAACAAGUAUUGUCGGUAUCCCGUCGGCCAUCCGACCAUCAUAACGGACGAUUUUCAGGACUUGUCGCAAUAUUUUGGACUGGCUAAAAUAAAAAUUUUCCCCCCUAGAAAACUUAUCAUCCCGUACUUCCAUACAAUUCGAAUGGAAAAUUGA